AUGCCCUCCCUCACAGUGGCAGUCGCCCAAUCCCGCACGCACGCAACUCUCCCCGCAACCCUCGCUGCCCUCGAACGCACAACCGCCGUCGCCGCCCGGCGCGGCGUGCACCUCGUCCUCUUUCCCGAAGCCUAUCUGGGCGGAUACCCACGGACCUGCGCGUUCGGCGCCGCCGUCGGCAGCCGGCACCCGCGCGGCCGCGACCAGUUCCUGGCGUAUUUCAAGGCCGCCGUUGAUCUGGGCGACACGCCGGCGGGCGCGGGCGAUGACUGGGUGCAGCGCCGGCUGGAGGUUGCGGCGGGGCGGCCGCAUCGCGGGGACGGCACGCGCGAGUUCCUGGAGCGGGUGGCGAAGGAGACGGGUGUUUUUGUGGUUACGGGGCUUGUGGAGCGUGCGGGGGGUAGUCUUUAUUGUGCUGUUGUUUAUGUUGAUCCUGUGAGGGGGAUGUUGGGGAAGAGGAGGAAGGUUAUGCCGACCGGCGCCGAGCGCAUGAUCUGGGCCCAAGGCUCCGCGUCCACCCUGCGCGCCGUCACCACCACCCUGAACAACAUCCCGCUGACCAUUGGCUCGGCCAUCUGCUGGGAGAACUACAUGCCGCUGCUGCGCCAGAGCCUGUACUCGCAGAACGUCAACCUCUACCUCGCCCCGACAGCCGACGCCCGCGACACCUGGCUGCCGCUGAUGCGCACCGUCGGCGCCGAGGGCCGCUGCUUCGUGCUGUCGGCGAACCAGUGCGUGCGGUCGUCCGAGUUGCCGGACUGGAUCACAGGCGAGGAAGGACCAUCAUCAGCAGCGGCAGCACCGUCUACUUCGACGUCUCCCUACACACAACAGAGCCCUUCCCAGCCAGCCCGCAAAUCCUCCAUCACGGCCGAGGGCCCGCAUGAGAUUGUUUGGCCGCAGGGCCAGCCUGACACCAAGGGUGCUGUUGCUGCUGCUGCUGCUUCUGCUAGAUCGCUGCCCACGACCCAAUCCUGCGACGCAGACUAUAUCUGCCGUGGCGGCAGCUGCAUUGUCUCACCGCUGGGCGAGGUGCUCGCCGGUCCGUUGUGGGAAGUCUGCACCGAUGACACGCCCGACAGCGAAGACGCUGCCGUGCCCACUACCUCCGGGCCUGGCGUCGACGCUGCGGCCGGCGAUGGGCUGGCGAUCUCGCAGAUCGAUCUGGAUGACUGUGAGCGCGGUCGGCUGGAUCUCGAUGUUGCGGGGAGCUAUUCGCGGAGCGAUGCAUUCAAGCUGAGUGUUGAGGGUUUGGAUUUGGCGCCGCCGCCGUUGUGA